GUUGAACAGUCGAAGGACGAAAUUCCCGUAAACGCAAACGUUUAAAUAAAUUUCGAUUUAUCACGUUUUUAAUCAGUUAUACAUGAUUUAAAAUUACUACAGGAUGUUUUAUAAGUGUGUUACAAUGUUUCAUUCAUUUAGUUUCAUUUUGGAAUAGAUACGACUGUCAAAACAGAAUAAUAAUGGCUGACUACAAUUUGAAAACAAUAAACAUUUUAACUUUAAUCUUGUUGGUAACGCCAAUGUCAUUAACCAAAGAUGGAUCGAAAUCUAGACAGAAAAGAAUAUUAUGGGUUACACAAGAUGGACGUUUAGCACUACCACCCGGUACUACUUUGGUUAUAUCUCCUUCUCUGUCGCUACCGUUCGUGAGAUAUCCACCAGAAGGUUUUUUCUCUAAUUUGACCAUCAGUUUACCAUUCACAAUUGAUUUUAAUAAACUGGGAUUAACAGAUAACGAGAAUCCUUAUGGAGUUCUUCCACCGUUGUUAGCUAGGUCAAUGGGUCGAGCUGCUGGUACUAUCCUAGCUGAUUACAUUGGUGGAAUGUUGCGCAGGCGUGGAAAAAGAUCCACUGAAAAGGACGCUAAACCAAUGCCUCACGCUUUCCAUGGAGGAGAGAGGGCGCUGUUAUAUGUGAUGUUGGAAGAUUUAUUAGAUCAGUUCGGAAUGGACGGAAGGGCAUGUCUUUUAAGGGCUAUUUGCGAAGUUCACGCCCAUCCAAUGACAAAUUUUGGACUCGUCGGCGAAAUGUUGAAGCUCUUCUUCAGCGCAAGCAAAUCACCUUACGCCAAUAUGCUUACCGAGUACGUAGAAGCGGAAUAUGCUGGUACCGGUCAAUAUGGCGGACCAGCAGAAUGUUGGCCGUACAUGAAAGAUUGUCCUAAAUCUCUAUUUUUACCCAAACAUAACUUAUAUAACGAUGAGGAUAACGAAAUUCCUCACGAGGAUCCCGAUGACCUGUUAAAGCCGUCAAAAGUUACCUACAAUCCUUCUGUACGUAAUAUGUAGUACACCUGUCAACGGAAGUGAUAAAAACAGUGAUUAAAACUAAGUCAAAACAAAAAAAACUGAAAGUAAUUAAACGAAAUAAGGACGAAAGGAUAAUAAAAAAAAUGCUCAAGUGUAAAUAAUAUUUAUUUAAAUUUUUCUAAGGCCAAUUGCGUAUUGCUUUUUAUUGUGUUAUACAAGCUCAUUUGCAUAAUAUUAAAUUUUGCAUUAAGAAACAUCCUGUAUAUAUAUUAUUAAAUCGAUUUAUUAGAUCUAACUAUUCGUAUAAUUGUUUCGACUGAAUACAUUCUGUAUAUAUUUAUUUUCACUUCAUUUCGAACACAAAAAUUCUUAAAACGUGGCAACGUUGUAAUUGUCUACUUAUGGAUUGUGAUAAGUAUUUGCAGGAAUUGAAAAAAAAUAAAUAAAUAAAAUAGAAAAUAUAAUAUCUGCAACUGUAGCAUUAAUCAUUAGAUAAUUAAUUGUUUCGUUUUGAUUACAAUUGUCAUGAUUUGAUGAUAAACCAUACGAGGAAUCUAAUGAUAUCCGAUGUUGCCAGAGCUAAUUUUAUUUCAAAGAUUAUAGGAAAUGAAAAUGUCAACUAUUUUUGUAAUGUUAUUUUGAAUCGUAAAAAAAGUUAUAAUGAUAUACAAUGUUGCCGAAGUUAUUGGAAAGUUUCAAAUAUAAUAAAAAAAAGAAAAGUUGAUAAUAUUCGACGUUGCCAACACUCACACUACUUCCUCAAUACCAACUGAAGGAAGAAUAUACAAUAUUUAAUGAUGCCAAGUUUUACUAUAUUUCGGAGUUUAUUGGAAAUAAAAGUUUCAAAUAAAAUAAACAAUAAAUCGAAUGGAAAAUUUAAUAAUAUUCGACGUUGCCAAGGUUUACUGUGUUUCGGAGAUUAUUUGAAAUAAAUAAUCGAAAUGUCAUAAUUGAUGAAUUGAUAGAAGAAUUAAACAUUAUUCGACGUUGCCAAAUUUAAAUCUAAAUCGGAAAUUAUUGGAAAAUAACCAUUUCAAAUAUUUGAACGACAAAAUGAAGGAAGAAUUUACAGUUUUCGACGUUGUCAAAUUUCAUUUUAUGUCUGGUAUUAUUGGAAAUUUCAAAUAAAAUAAACAAUUAACCGAAUAGAAAAUUGAUUAUUCGACGUUGCCAAAUUUAAAUAUAUAUCGGAGAUUAAUGGAAAAUAACAUUUCAAAUAUUUGAACGGCAAACUGAAGGAAGAAUUUACAGUUUUCGACGUUGCCAAAUUCUAUUGUAUUUCGGAUAUUAUUGUAAAAUAAGAAUAGCAAAUAUUUGAACGACCAAUUAAAAGAGAGAAUUUACAAUAUUCGACGUUGCCAUGGUUAACAGUGUUUAGGAGAUUAUCGGAAAUUGAAGUUUCGAAUGGAAUAGACAAUAAAUUAAACUGACGUUGACAAAGGUCACUGUGUUUCGGAGAUUAUUGGAAACGAAUUAUUGAAAUGUUAUGAACGAUAUACCAAUCGGAAAUAGAUUCGCCAAAAUUAAAUUUAUUUCAGGGAUUAUUGGAAACUAAUAUUUAAAAAAUUAAAAACGACGAACCAAACAGAGAAUUGAAUAAUAUUCGACGUUGCCAAAUUUACUGAAGGGAGAUUUUACUAUUUUCGACGUUACCAAGUUUCAUUAUAUUUCGGAGUUUAUUGGAAAUAUAUAUUUAAGAAAUUUGCGUAAUAUUAAUUUUCAUAAGAAUAUUUAUAUUUUAUUUCAAAAAUUUGGACAUAAAAUCGUUGGUAUCAAACAUAUUUUAAAACAAACGUCUAUUUGGUCCGAUUUCGUAGUUUUUUUCCCAAUUUUUUCAACAAUAAUUCAUAACAAUUUUCCUACUAACGAUACCUAACCUCAAAACCGUAUUAUAACGUAAAAUAAUUAUCUUUCAAAAUAAAAUCGAAUACGAGUACUUUUAUUCAUCGAUAUUAUCAAGUUAUAGAAAAAAAAAGUACACAAAUAUAUACAGAGCGUAGUACAAUAUUUGUACAGAAAUUAAAAUAUGUAUAAUUUAUUUUUUUAUUUGUAUAAGAACUAAAAUAUCACCCUGUAUAAACUCGAGAGGAUUCGUUUUAUAAAUAUUUUCAUAAAUCUUCUCAAGUUUGAUGAGAUUUCAAAUUGAAAUUGUAAUAUCACCAUCACUAAAUUAAUUUUAGGUACUCCUUGUAAAUAUAUAUAUAUAUAGAUACAUAUACGAA